AUGAGUGUAUCAGCUAUUAGAAUUCCUGCCAACGGAUCCCUGGCCAAAGCAGCAGUGAUUUUUCUCCACGGAUUAGGUGAUAGUGGAGAUGGAUGGUCUUGGUUACCUCAAUUGGUUGGCCAAUCUAAAUUAAUCCACGAACCAAUCAAUUAUGUAUUUCCAAACGCACCAAAAAUCCCUGUUACAAUAAAUAAUGGGUUUGCCAUGCCAGCGUGGUUUGAUAUUUAUGAGCUUGGUAACCCUCAUGCCAGACAAGAUGUCGCGGGGUUUUUUAAAUCAUGUGAAGUCUUGAAAGAGUUUAUACUUGAACAACAUAACCAAUUCAACAUCCCAUUAGAAAAAAUAGUUAUUGGUGGGUUUUCUCAAGGUGCAGCUAUUUCAUUGGCAACAUUAGCUCUUUUGGAUAUCAAAAUUGGUGGUUGUGUUGCUUUAUCGGGAUUUUGUCCCGUUAAAAAUGAAAUCACCGAUCGUUACAAUAAAAACCCAGGAGUCAAUUUUGAUACCCCAAUUUUCCAAGGACAUGGUACGGUUGAUCCUGUGAUUAAUUACGAUUAUGGUAAGCAAACCAGUGAAUUGUACAAGCAAUUGGGAUUCAAGAAUUUGAAAUUCAAUACUUAUACAGGGGUGGCCCAUAGUGCCAGUGAAGAAGAAUUGGCCGAUGUUAUUAAGUUUAUUAAAAAUGUUGUAGAGAAAUAG